AUGCAUACAAGAAAAAAUACGAAUAUAGAUAUUAUAGUAGAGAAUUGUAAAAAAAUUGGUGCUGAGGAUAAAGAUAAUAAUUGUGUUUUAAUAAUAACUGGUUCUCUAAAUCCAAUUCAUCGUUCACAUAUAGCUAACCUUCAGUUGGUUAGACGUUAUUUUGAACAUCAUAAAGAACGACCAUUAAAUGUUCUUGCAGCUUAUUUAUCACCUACACAUGAUGGCUAUGUUAAAAAUAAAUUGGGUAGUUCUCAUUGGAUACCAGCUGUAGAUAGAAGCAAAUUAUGUCAAGAAGUUAUCAAAGAAGAAAAUUUGGAAUCUUUAAUUUCUGUUGCCGAAGGUGAAUUUCAAUACAAAAGAUUCGUUGAUUUUGAUGACGUAGUCAUAGAAUUAGCUCAAUUUCUUAAUGAUGAACGAGAUAAACCUGAUGGAUUAGGAUUACUUAAAAAACCAUUAAAAGUUGUUUAUGUAUGUGGUUUGGAUCAUUUUAAUAAUUGUCGUCAUGUUGAACAAUUAGCAAAAAAUGAAAAUAUUGCCUGUGCUGUUAUAUAUCGUCUUAAUGCUUCAGAAGAUUAUAUAAAAAGAUUAGAAGAAAAAUCAUCAAAUAUAUAUUAUAUAACAUUAGACGAUGAACGUAAAACACUUGUUGAUAUAAGUUCAACAAAAAUUCGAAAACAAUAUCAAAAUCCAACGGAUUCAGAGUUCGAAAAUUUAACAUAUUCAGUUGUUAACGAUUAUUUACACGAAAAAUACAUGAAAAAUUAA